AUGUCAAGAACUGCAUUCCAAGCUUGUGAGUUGAAGAAGGAAGGUGUAAAGUCAAAGAAAGAGAAGAAACAAAGGACAGAUAACAUGGACAGAAACAAAAAUAUGCAGUGUUGGGUGAUCUUCAAUAGGUUGAUGGUAGGAAGAGAUGGUUGGGCUUUCAAACAACCUCUUGAUGUUAAGGUCUUCGAGUUUCUUGAUAACCCUGAGGUCGUAUCCAAGCCAAUAGGUUUGAAGGAUAUUGAGUGCAGAUUGAACAAUUGUUUGUAUUACAAACCUGAAGAAUUUGCAGAUGAUAUGAGGAUUGUAUUCUCUAAUGCAUUGCUAUACCCUUCGAGGAGUGAGAUUCACAUGAUUGCGAUGAGGGUUAGUGGGAAUUUUGAGAGCAGUUGGAAAUAUUUGAAGAAAAAGUGGAUACUUGAGGAAAGAAAAGGAAAGAAAAGUAUGUGCAAAUGUUGA